UCUCGAACGAAGAUGUCACAGUUCCCGUCUGCGCCCCAGCCGGGAGCUUACACUCCCCCGAAUCAGAAUACCCCCGUUCCGCAGCCUCAAUAUGGCUACCAACAGCCGCAAGCUUCCGCACCUUACGGGUCAUCGGCAUCGGUGCAUGGCUCUAGCCAACAGCAUGGCACCAAUAAGCCCACAAACGCCUUUGGUCAAGCUUUCAACCAGGCCGUCACUCAGGGAAAGCCAAUGCUGAACAAGCUAGGCAAGUCCAUCAGCUCCAAGCUUGGAAAUAAGCCAACUAGUCCGACGACACCGCAGCAUCUUCAGAACUACCAGACAUAUCAGCAAAGCCAGCAACACAAUCAACAGUCAAAUCAGCAGCAGUAUCCGCCCCAGCCCUACCAAGCUCAAGGCCAAUAUUCGAACCCGCAGCCUGAACAGCAGAACCCUUACUUCUCAUCCCAACAGGCACCAUACCAACAACCCCACCAUGCAGGCACUGUCUACAAUCCUCAGCAAUCCUCCACCCCCUCGAAUCACCCCACGAACCCUCCGCCGCCUGCUCAUGUGGGAUACAAACCUGCUGGAUACGGACAGGGCGAAUAUGUAGCAGGGCAACACCAGGACCAGCCGCCACAGGGACAUUACAACCCAGGACAAGCGCAACACCAGACAUAUUUCCAUCAAAAUCAAGCAUUACCAGAGUCUGGACAAGAGAGUGGGGUCAUUGGAAACUCACAACCUCCAGUUCAAUUUGCCAGCUCUGUACCGCCGCCCCCACCUUCAAACCCGCAGCAGCCAUGGGGAUCACAUCCCGGACAGCAUCCCUCUAUCGGUCAAGCCACGACUACGCCUACACAGCAUCAACAGUUGUACAAUCAGGCUCCUCCCCCUCCGCAAGCUCCGCAAGCUGCCGAACAACAACAGGCGUGGUCGCAGCCACCUCCUCAAACUCCUCAAACUGCAAAUGAGCAGCAACAAUGGCCACCUCAUAGUGCACAACAGACAACUGGUAUUACACAGCACCAAUCAUUCAACCCCAGCCCUCCACCUCUGCAAUAUCACGCAGCACCACCAGUUCCUCCCCAUCCAAACCAACAGCAGCCGCAAUGGAACCCGGCAUCGCCAGCCAGCUCGCAAGCUCCGAUGCAUAGCCCUAUUCCACCUUCGGUGAGCCCUGCACUUUCUCAGCCUCCGACUCCAGCACCUCUGCCAGCAGCACCUCAAGCUGUGCCUCCGCCCACCGAUUUUGUAGCAGAAUUGCCAGCCGAUAUGGCCAACCUUAGCAUGGCGGAAGGCUCGCAAGGGAUGCCCCCGUCGAAUAACCCGGCACACCCUUCAUACCAGCCAUAUCGACCAGCGGGAAGUCAAAGCACGUCGCCUCAACAACGGAGGUUCUCUAUCGCAAGAAGGGCAGUGAGCACGAGCAGCCUGCCAGUAGCGGAUCCAUGGAGGUUUGCGGACCCAGCAACUGAGUUGCCGACACGAGAGUUUUACAUGAUUGCGGAUCUGAUAUACGAUGCGAUCGACGGCAAGUUCGAGCCCAAAAACACAGGGUUGCUAGAGGCGAACAAGGUAUUGGAGAGCUGGAAGGUACUGGGACUGGCUGAAGACGCCGCGCAAGUUUUUGCUUACGACUCGUAUAAAGGCUUUGCGAAAUUGUGGAGCCUCGAGGGCAUACCUCACGUCAUGGUUCCUUGUCAGGCAUUGUUGACGCCUUUGUGGAAUUUCCAGCCGCAAACUCAUUCGGAAGCAAUGAAGGUUCCUAUGGGCAUGGUUUUGGGAGACGUUGUCGAGACAACGUACGUGGCGGCGAUCAAUCGCGCGGGCUUUUACAAGUACUUCUUCCUCGAGAUGAUGCACGAGCCUGAAAGUCUGGAAGCCAUGCUGAGCAAACUCUGCGCGGAGACGUACAACCCGAGCAUGCUGAAUCAACCCGACGUCCAGAAGCGUGAUCGUAGCAACACAUUGCCUGGGGUUGCUGCGCAAGCGGCCACGAUCCGAAGCGCAUGCGUGUCCGUUGUGACUAAGGAAACAUCUGCGCUGAUGCAACAGAGCGCACGCAGCGCGAACCAAAGUUCUGUUGCUAGCACGGCAGGGCAAACAUCGGCUGUACCGGGGGAUAGCAACCAGCAACAAGGGCAACCGGGGCAGACGGGUAGCGGUGGGACUAUGACGGCGGACGAGCAAAUGUUGGUACAGAUGCACAGUCUGAAGAUGCAACAGCAGUUCAAUCACAUGAUGGCGGCGACCAUGGUGGGCGGGCUGGGGGCGCCGAACUAUGGAGGAUUGAUUUAA